AUGCCUCCCCAGAUUAAACAUGAUUUGAACCGCUCCGGAUGGGAGUCGACUGACUUCCCGUCCGUCUGCGAGAGCUGCCUGCCUGAGAACCCUUAUGUGCAGAUGAUCAAAGAAGACCAUGGCGCGGAAUGCAAGAUUUGCACGCGCCCCUUUACUAUAUUCCGAUGGAAGGCUGACCGAACUUCUCGACAAAAGCGAUCGAUCAUCUGCCUGACUUGCGCGCGUCUGAAAAAUUGCUGCCAAUGCUGCAUGCUCGAUCUGUCUUUCGGUCUCCCCAUCGUCGUCCGAGAUGCUGCCUUGAAGAUGGUUGCCCCUGGCCCAGAGAGUGGUAUCAACCGUGAAUACUACGCGCAGAACAAUGAAAAAGAAAUUGAGGAAGGUCGCGGUGCGAUUGAAGAAUAUGAAAAGACGGAUGACAAGGCUCGCGAGCUUUUGCGCCGCCUUGCGAACAGUGAACCUUACUACCGCAAACCUCGCCGGAUUGAGGGCAAUACCGAGGGAGAGGAAAGUGCGCAACCCACCGAUGACCAACCUCGAACAACCAGCCGGUAUGGAAAUGGACCGGGCCCCGUUCGCACUACCCAAAGCCGUGUCGGAAACAACAUGCCAGGUCGUGGUGGUCGAGGUGGUGGCCGUGGCGGACGCCCAUUCCCUGCUGCCACCCUCUCAAGCGGACAUUCUUCCCCCGCCGACCCCAACGUCCUCUCUUUGUUCGUUACUGGUGUCGAGGACGAUCUUCCCGAACACACUCUUCGCACAUUCUUUACUCAAUUCGGCCAGCUUCGCUCGCUGGUCUGCUCCCACCGCUCCCACUGCGCCUUCAUCAACUUCGUCAACCGUGCCGAUGCCGAGAAGGCUGCACACCACUGCCAAGGCAAGGCUGUCAUCCAAGGAUGUCCGUUGCGCGUGCGCUGGGGCAAGCCAAAGUCGUUGGAUAGCCUCGACCGCGAAGAGAGAAUCAAGAACGCCCGCGAGGGUCGCCAGGCCGUGGGACCAAGCAAGGGCAAGCAGGCUGACCGUGGCGCCAUCACCUCUGGACAGGAAGCUGGACAGCCCAAGGCCCAAAGCCAUGUUGUUGCUCCACCACCCGGAUCUGGUGAGGUCCAGUACGCCAGCAUGAAUGGUGAUUGA